UGCAAUUCGCAGCGUGAGAUCGCUGGGUAAGAAACAGUUAUGCCUGUAUAAUCAUCUCUGCCUCAAUGUCGAGGAGUUUUAUAUUUUUGCUAUUUUCAUUCUUCCAACCUAUUUGUGGCCAUUAAUUGUUCAUAAAUCCAUGAAGUGCGUAUAUUAAGUAUGUUAAUAAAGCUAUAAAUCAUUAAUAUUUUAUAUUGAACGAAACAAUGGCGUUUAAGUGCUGUGUUGAAGAUUGAUCUGUUGAAAAUCAUGCCUCAAGACACGAAAACAAAGUCUAGAGGAACUUUACUAAAUAAAGUCGAAGCAGAUACGGAUUCUGACGUUCCAGAAUUUGCGCUGCCCCCAAAAAGUAUUGUGAAAAGGACGAAGAAAUUCGCGAGGAAAAGAAAACAUUCUAAUUGGCGAAAAUCUUUUCAAAAUUGUCGUCGUUAUUGCAGUGGCGUUUUUCUGGUUUUAGUGUUAUGUGCUUGUGUCUUGGGAAUUUCGUUGUUGUUUUGGUUUUCCCUGAGAUUAUACAGAGAUGUUGAAAAUUUAUCUCGUCGUUUAACUAUUGAAGUGAAUCGCGUUGGGAUAGAGCAAGCAGAAAACCUAAAGAAAUGCUUGUCACUUGAAAAGAGAAUGACAGAUAACAUAAAAAUUUUGCAAACAGAGAAAAAUAAAAUUUUGGACUUGAUGAUGGAGCUUGAAAACACUCAUUUAAAGAUAUCUCAUAUAAAUGGGACACUUCACACGAUAUUUAGCUCGUUGCACAGUCCAAACAGUUUGAAAUCUGUAAGUCGCACUGUAAUUGCUUUGCAAAAAGGAAUGGCAGAUACUGGUGCAGAAAUUACAAAGAUUAAUCAUGAAAUUAAGCAAUUAAAAGUUCAGAAAUCAUUGCAUUCAAGGGCUAUCAAAGAAUGUUUCUUGAAAUGGAAUAUUUCAUUGGAGUUAAGCAAUAUCACUGGAAAGUCAAUGUUUUCUGGAAACAUAAAUGAUUUUGUUGGAAAGCAACUUUACAUGUCAAGAAGCCUAGAUGAAGAUAAUUUAAACAAAUCAAUUUUGAAAAAGUCAGUUAUAUCGAAAAUAAUGAAAACGUUGAACCGUUCGUUGAUUUCGCAAAUGAAGGAAAUCCUAGCAGAAGACAACGUGUUGAAGAAUAAACAAGUUAUAAAUUCCUCUUUGCAGAACUUAAGUGAACACAUCGAAACAAUACCUUUACUUUGGAAAGAACUGCAAUUGCAGAAUCAAUCAAUUUAUUUCAUUAGAAAUUUGAUUGAUCAACACAAGCUGUAUAAGUCCAAAAGUCAAGAAAGCACAUCACAUUUUACUGGCGAUCCUGCAACACCUAUUGAAGGUGAGUUUGAGGAAGAUCCUCAAAAAAAUAAAAAAAGAGACUCACCUGGGGCUGCUUAUGAUGAAAAUACAUCAAAUCAAGGCACAGACUACUUCAACAGGUUUCAUAAAUUGAUGGAUGAUGAUGUCACAUAAUGGUAAAAUAUCGCUAAAAUAGUGUUGGUAUAGCGAUCAAAUUGCUUUAUGGUGUAUUGUACUGGUGAUAACCACAAAUUUGUGAUGCAUAGUCGUUAAAUAUCACUUUUUAACCCAAA